AUGAAUUCUGUUCUUCUUAAGACAUCAAAUUUUGUGAGUGGAUAUGGAACACGAGAUGCCUUUUUUAGAACUAUACAGUGUGCUGCAAAAUUAGUUGCAUUAUUAACUUCACAAGAUAACGUUACUAAAAAGAAAGUAUUAAUGAGAAUAGUAACAUUAUUAGGAACGUCAAGAAAAUAUUUUGCUAUUGGUAAUGUUUUAAAAGAAAUGAACAAUUUUAAAAUAACCUUAGAUUCAUCUUAUGAAAAUCCAGAGUUCUUUCUCAAAAUAUUAAAAUCAGGAGGGAUGCUUGGUUUUUUUGCAAUGGACAAUUUAAAUGCUAUUACAUCUUUAACUAAUAACACUGUCAUUCCCUAUACUAGUGCAAUUGGUAAUUUAUCAUUCCUUGUUGCUGUAUUAUCAUCAAUAGGUCUUGAAUAUAUUAAAGAAGAACAAGACGAACCAUUAAAAAGAUAUAUUAGAUAUGUAAAAAUUACAACAGAACUUAUUAUUGCCUUGAAUGGUUUAGGAUUAGUUAAUUUACCAGAAGAACUUUCUACAUUAGCUGGGUUAGUAUCUGCAGGAUUAUGUUGUAUUGAAUCAUUGCAAUAA